AAAAUAUUUGUCCGGGUAAUAACUAGCUAGCUAAGUAGAACUAGUGAAAUAUUUUGCUAUUUAAAAUUUGUUUGUGAUGUUUGCGUCACUCGGUGUGGUUCCUGCACAUCCAUUGAAGAGAGUGGGCAAGUGGAAAUGUGGUUUUUGCAACAUUCCGAGCGCAGUUAAGCAGAAACUACAGACCGACAUGUGGAUCGCGCAAACGCCAGUGUCAUUAAUGUAAAGAUGGACAACCUCUUGAAAACUAAAAUCUUUACAUAUUAGCCAACUGGCUAGCUAGCUGCAUAGCUAACAAGGAUAGUUUUAUCGCACGUUUGAUGGAGUAAUCGCAGCAGCGCUAGACGUGACCUGAGGAGACGGUUGAUUUAUUGCACGACGAUCAAUUUUACAUUUGAAGGCGUCUCAUUCACGCGCUCUGAAUGUGGCACGGAUCGGCACGCACACACUUUAUUGAAAGCGAACGUGGUCAUCAUAUCCUUUGUAUGCAAAAGUACACGGACAUAGUUCGACCACGUGCACCGCAGUCUGCGAAUGCAGUUUAGCAAAAUGGUGAGCUGAUACUGGGAGCCCAGGAGAGAGCAGAAUGGAGAAGCCACACUCCGGUCUGAGGAGUCGCUUGGUGCGCAAGCAGUGCCCCAGUAAAGACACAGAGGAGGCGGACGAACCCAAAGCCAAAGUGCAGAAGACCGCCACCAAGGACAAGUCCUGCCAGACCGAGCAGCAGCACCACAACUGCUGUGAGCCUGGCGCUGGCGUGAGCGUGGGCGUGGGCACCAGCAGCCUGGGCACGGACACCAAAACUGCAGUGUUAUUCGUGGAGCCAGGGGAUCCCCCCCUGCUGCAGCAGCAGCUUCAGACCUCCAAAUCGGGCAUCCAGCAGAUCAUCGAGUGUUUCCGCUCAGGCACCACCCAGCUGAAGCACCUCCUGCUGAAGGAGGUGGACACCAUCUUUGAGUGCAAGCUGUGCCGCAGCCUGUUCCGCGGCCUGCCCAACCUCAUCACGCACAAGGAAUUCUACUGCUUCCGCCGAGAGCCCGACGCCGCCGACCCGCCUGCGGAGGACCGGCAGAGCCAGGCCAUCAGGGACCUGCUGGAGGCCAUCUACCCGUGGAAGGACAGGCCGGAGUACGUGGUGAAGCUGGACCCCAUCGAGACCAACCAGAACGCCGUGUUCCAGCGGAUAGCUGCGGAGGACGCCGCCUCCCUCCACGGGGAGCAGAGCCCCGCCCGUCCGCCGUCCCCGGAGGACCCGGACCCCGACGAGCAGCCGGCCGACGCCCCCGACGAAGAGGAGGAGAGCAAGCCGGCGGGGGAGGAGGCGCCCGAGGCGGCCUCCCAGCAGGAGGCGGACCCGGAGGCGGAGGAAGAGGAAGAGGAGGCGAAGGGGCUGACGGCGCCCGUGGAGGACGAGGCCGAGGCCAACGAGGAGGAGGACUACAAGGUCUCCUGCUGCCUCUGCGGGAAGGACUUCAACUCCCACCGCAGCGUGCGCCGGCACUGCCGCAAGAUGCACAAGAACAAGAUGGACGAGCUGUGCAAGUUCACGGAGACGCACACGGUGCCCAUCAGCCUGUUCUCCACGGUGCGGGGCCGCCCCUCCCGCCCGCCCGCCUCCGCCGGCCGCGACUGCCCCAUGUGCUGCAAGUCCUUCGCCACCAAGGCCAACGUGCGCCGGCACUUCGACGAGGUGCACCGCGGCCUGCGGCGCGACACCAUCACCCCGGACAUCGCCACCAAGCCGGGCCAGCCGCUGUCCCUGGAGCCCCCGCGCUCCCCCCGCAAGCAGAAGCCCCUCCCCCAGACCCAGUACAACCUGGUGGCCUGCAAGUGCCUGAUGUGCCGGAGGCAGUACAGCUCCAAGGUCAUGCUGGGGAGGCACCUGCGCAUCGUCCACAAGAUCAACAUCCUGGAGAACGGCUCCGCCCCCGGCUCCGCCUCCACCCCCGCCAAAGACGAGAACUUGUCCGACGCCGCCUCGUCCGGCGUCAGCCCCGCCUCUCAGAGCGAGCAGGACAGGAAGGGGGCGUCGGGGACCCCCAAGAGCAAGGUCAAGCAGGAGAACGAGGCGCCCCGGUCCCACAAGGUGGGGAAGCUGUCCGUGGGCUUCGACUUCAAGAUGCUCUACUGCAAGCUGUGCAAGCGGCAGUUCUCCUCCAAGCAGAACCUGACCAAGCACAUCGACAUGCACACGGACGGCAACGACAUCUACAUCAAGUUCUACCGCUGCCCCAUCUGCAACUACGACUCGCGGCGCAAGCGCGACGUCAUCCGCCACAUCACCGUGGUGCACAAGAAGUCCUCGCGCUACCUGGCCAAGAUCAUCCCCAACCUGGAGAGCCGGGCCAUCAAGAAGCCGGCGGAGAUCGUCCUCAACCCGGCGGUCAAGAGGGGGCUGUCCAGGGAGGACGUCAACGGCCGGCACGAGCCGCCCGCGGGGUCCCCCGCCGGCCGCAAGCAGGAGCCCCCCGCGGGGUCCCCCGCCACACGCAAGCAGGAGCCCAACACCGGCAGCCCCCUCACCCGCCGGCAGGAGGCCCUGGAGGCCAGCGCCGAGGUGAAGGUCACCAAAAACUUCUCCCUCCACGCCUGCGAGGUCUGCGGCAGAGCCUUCGCCAAGCAGUUCUUCCUGGAGAAGCACAGGAGGACCCACAAGAGGGCCACCUUGGGCUCCGCGGACGGCGGCAGGACCAAAGGCCGGAGCACGCGGUCCAAGGCCUUCAUAUGAUCUCGGCUGGAGUGUGGAACACUUGCACUGGAUUCUUAGUCGAGACCAGAAAACGUCACGGAUGAGAAAACCACUAACAAUGAGAAAGGAGAGCUGGGACUAGAACUUUCUGAGGGGGGAGGGGGGCGGGGGGGGGACGAGGCGAGUGAGCGAGCAAGCGAAUGUGGGAGUGAGAGAGAGGAGCUAGCCAUGAACAGACUCAACAUGUGCUUUCCGAAUCCAUCCUUGGAAUCUGGUGUAGGAUAAGGAUAUAUAUAUAUAUACUUAUGUACUUAUAUGUGUAUAUAUAUAUAUAUAUAUAUAUAUACAUACAUACAUAUACACACGGCGUAGAUCAGCGCGCAGAUGUUCACAACCUCUCAGCCGCUUGUGUGGACUUGAGGCGAGUGCUUCGGCGCUGCUGUCCGUAGGUUAGGAGCCAUUUUGUUUCCCCCACGUGUAGGCCCAUGUACCAGCGCUCAGAUCACAGUCACAACUUUUUCCCUCACAAAUCGUUUUCAGGAAGGGGAGCUGGAGCACCGGAAUCCCGCGGCUCUUGGUGUCAGUAUUUGACGGGCUACGGGGCCGUCCAAAACCAAUAAGCCACCCCCUCCCCCCCCCCCCGCUCUGGCAUCUCUCAGUUCAUCUCAUUGCCCCCUUGCUUAGCUCCUCUGCGGCGCUCCUGAAUGAAAUGGCACUGAAGGUGUUCAAGCUCCUAGCCUUAGUUGAGUGCUGAACCUGCUCUACCAGCACCACAGUAGAAAGUCUGUAUCCCUGGUCUUAAGUUUUUGGGAAACUGCUUUGAGGGAAUUGCAAUUGUUUUCAUGUUAGGCUGUGAACAGUACUGACUUGGCUACUAUUUUUCAGCAAUUUCCCCCCGAGGGUCAUUGGAAUAUAGUACAGAUGCAUAAAACUGUUUGUAAAAAUUCCAUUUAUGUUAACGGUGGUGUGAAUUAUAGAAGUUCAAAAACAGUUUAAAGGGAUAGUUUCCACCCCAUAUUCACACACAAACAAGAUGUGGAGAGUGAACACUGAGCAAAGAAGGAUGUGUGUGUGGUCUCUGUCCGCACACACACACACACAGCAACACAAGGAGAGAAAAGCUAUUUAAAGAGUUUAAAGUGAAAGGAUUAUUUUUGUAACUGAGAAGAGUUAUUUUGGAAGAGGUUUUAUUUUGCGUGUAGUUCAUUUGGUACAGUACCUUUUUCGGUGAAAGGAAGCGAUGUUUCAGACAACUAUUUUUUACCUUUUCAUAUUUUCUAUUUGCGCUGGCUUGUAAAUAUGUUCGGAGUCACUGGAGAAAAGCAGCGUCUUUGUGAAGUGAAGCCAGUGCUUAAGUUUAAAACGUCCGAUGUGUGCUCACAUUUCUAGAAGUUUUAUAGUGGGUCCAAGUUCCAACCCAAAGCUUUGAAGGGCCAAAUGUUAGAAUGAAGUUCAGAGCUGUUUGCUUGAUUGGUUUCUGUUUCCUUUGAUGUGGGAAAUGUGUCUUGGAGCUCAUCCUUCAGGAAAAUAUAGGGAUUGGAUUAAUUUUUAGCUAAUAGAAUGUUCCAUGACAGCUGUUGUUUUUUCAUUGUUGGUUCAAAUAACCAUAAGUUAUUUUUCACUUAUGCUCAAGGCAGUUCUAGCCAGUCUACUCUGAAUAAAUAGUUUGCUUUAUUUUAUUUUUUCUUUCUCAAACUAACCAGAGAAAGCAACCUAUUCAGCCCUACAAAAUGUGACGGCACUGUGAUCGCUUUGCAAUGUUAAUGGUAAUCAGUGGUGAUUGAGGUUAGGUCUCACCGGAAAUAUAUACUUUUCUUUUCAUUCAUGAAUUCCUCUUCUGAAACCUAUUAGAUCAUAUAAUAUGUAAGUCCAAUCUGUUAAAAUGAAUAUAUGCAUUAGCAAGCACUGUAUCUUUAAGGCAGCCCAGCAUAUGCUCUUAAGAGUGUUUAGCUAAGAGUUCUGCACACAUACUAACUAUAGUACACUUGAAUUACAGUGUACAGUGGUAAUCUCUUGAACUCUAAGUCAUGUGUUCAGUCAUGUGACUGGACUCUUACCAUCCCACUCAAAGGGGUGUACUUAAAUGAAUACUGUCCUCACAUCCUUAGCAUCAGCCCCUCCCUCAACUAAAGCAACGUUAGAUUGUCUACUUAAUCCAGAAGUAAGUGUAGUCUUCCCAGUCCAUUGCACUAAACCAAUGCAACUAAUAGGAAAAAAAGAAAGUAGUAAGAUAACUGUUGCUUGUUAAUGUUCACUGAAUGUAUUUGAUGCUGGAUGAAUGCAUUGUAUUUCAGUAAUAAACCAAGAAAGAAAGGAUCUA